UCAAACCUCCCAGAGAGAGGCUCCUGCCUCCAGCCCGAGCCCCUCCCACCCUUCGAACCUCAGAGGGACAAAUUUCCAUCCCAGUCUCAGAGAAAUGAAAGCAAGGACAACCUGAGGAGUGAGGCAGGAGAGGCCACCCCCAUGGACAUGGCCGAUUCCUUCUCCCCUCACUCCGUGAGGAAACCCCUGGCAUCCUUGGGAGGCAGAGACCCGACCCCAGUCCUAGACACAGACCACCUCAGCAAGAAUACAGUCCCCAAGGCCACCGCCGGGGGCGCCAAGGGAAAGGCGCCUAAGAAGGUCAUCGCUAAGAGGGUCCUAGGCUCUGUCGUGUGGUUUACGGAGAAGAAUGGGUAUGGCUUCAUCAGCAGGCACGAUACCCAAGAAGAUGUGUUUGUUCACCAUACAGCCAUCAUCCUGAAAAACUCCCAUAAGUACCAAAGCAGCAUGGACAACGGUGAGACGGUGGAGUUCUACGUGGUGCAGGGAGAGCGGGGCACUGAGGCCGCUAACGUGACCGGACCAGCAGGCGCGCCACUGAAGGGAAGCUGCUACACUGCCCACUGCACCAACAUCCGCCAGGGCUUCAGCAUCCACCGCCAUGCACUGCCCCCACGAGGUCCCAAGAGCGCGGAGGGAGAGGCUGAUGAACGCAAGGGCAGCAGCGAAGGCUUCACCUCCAACUGGCAGCCUGAGUCCACCCCCACCACAAGACAGGAGGGGCAUCCUCAGCGGGGUCAGGGCCACAGCUACCUGCUGAGUUGCCCUAGGGGCCGAGGCACCACUCAUGGUCCAAGACACUCACCAGGCAUCUCGGAGGAGCUGGAGGCAGAGCACAGCGAGAGUGGGCAUGAAGCCAGCAGCAAUUUGCCACAGAGGCCCCCUCCAAGCUAUGGAUCCUGCCGUCCCAAUAACCCAUGCCACUGCCAGCAGCAAGUGCCUGACGCCCAGGGACAGGAUUCCGACGGAGGAGAGGGCAAUAUCAGGAAGAGCCCCACGGAAACACCUGCUUCUGUCGCGGUAGCCAAGAAGAACGAUAACCCUGAGAAGGAAAAUCCCUUAGUCAUGGAUGCGCCCUCUGCCGCCCAGGCCUAG